AUGAACUCAGAACGAAAAUUUGAUAUUGUCAUCAUUGGGGCAGGAAUCUCUGGUAUAUACGCCGCCAAAUUCUAUCUAGAUAUACAUCCACAAUGUCGUCUCGUGAUUUUCGAUCGAGACAAGUGUGUUGGUGGCGUUUGGAAUUCUAGAAGAGGAUACGAAUCAUUCUGGACACAAUGGACAGUCGGUACUGCGGAAUUUUCAGACCUACCUAUGACCAGACCCCCCGAAGAAGAUGUUUACUAUGAAUUCUUCAAAGCGAAAUAUACCACCAAGUAUCUUGAAGAUUAUGUCGACACACAUUGGUACGGCGACACGUCACUCCGUGAUAGAAUCAAGCUCUCAACGGAAGUUCGAUCACUCCUGAGAAAGGACGGUGAAUGGGUGAUUGAAACCGUGGAUGUGGUUUCUGGAUCUUCAAAUACUUGGCAAACUACUAAAUUGAUUGUUGCUAGUGGACUCAACUCUAUACCCAACAUGCCCUCACUUCCAGGCAAAGAGUUAUUUCAAGGCCCUAUUCUUCACCAAAAUGAUUUUGGGUCGUCCAAAGUUUUGACCUCACCAGAUAUCCAGAGAAUAACUGUGUUAGGAGCUGGAAAGUCAUCUGCCGAUAUGGUAUACUCAGCUGUUAAAGCAGGCAAGACUGUAUCAUGGAUCAUCAAGGCUUCUGACACAAAUGGUCCUGGAUUUCUUCUUUCUCCGAAAGGGAAGGGUCCCUACAAGAAUGCUUUCGAAGUUGGAUUGACACGCAUUACUGCUACAUUCGUGCCUUCAUUUCUGAAUGGUAAUUCAUGGUGGACGUGGUUUUUGCAUUCGACAAAGUAUGGAGUCAAAAUGAUGAAUGCCUUUUGGGGUGCUGUUGAUAAUGAAACAAGGAAAGAUGCAGAUUUCAAUGGAAGGAAAAAUCUUCAAGGCUUUGAGAAAUUGAAUCCUCAAUCUCCGAUCUUUUGGCAGAAUUGUACUGGUGGUUUACUGAACCAGGUCGAUUUCUUCGAUAUCAUUGCUGAAAACGUUCGGAUCUAUUGUGCCGACAUUGCAAGUAUCGAGGAACACAAGAUCCUUUUAAAAGAUGGUGAUGUAGUUCUGGCAGAUGCCAUACUAUGUGGUACUGGCUGGGUACCAUCCCUUCAGUUCUUUACCGAGGAUCAAAAAAUAUCGCUUGGUCUUCCUCACCUACCAUCUUCCGAGCGUGAGGAAUAUCAAGAUAAUUGGAAGCAGCUUGCCUCAGAAGCAGACCAGAAAGUCGUCUCCAGAUUUCCGCAACUUGCAAAUCCACCCCCGCAUUACCGUCGUCCUGUCACCCAUACCCCAUAUCGUCUUUACAAACACAUCGCGCCCCUCCUUACAUCAGGUUCAGAAAUUGACGGAAAUUCCAUCGUAUUCAUCGGUCAAGUAAGCGUAGGAGACUAUUUCCCGGUCGUACAAUGCCAGUCUAUGUGGGCGACGGCAUAUCUGGAUGGCAAACUAGCUCUCCCGCCAAGCCAAGAACAGCAAAAGGAAGUUGCUUUAUUCACAGCGUGGAAUAGCAGAAGAUACUUAAGCAGUGGAGAUGAGGGAAACAAUAUGACGUUUGAGUUGGUAGGGUAUUGUGACAGCCUUCUACAAGACUUGGGGUUGAAAAGUCAUCGAAGAGGUUGGUUUAAGGAUUUAUUUGCUCCGUUUGUGGCAAGUAACUUUGCGGGAUUGAAGGAUGAAUAUUUGAAGAAGUAUGGUUGGGAUGAGAGGAAAGGAGUUUGA